UUCCAGAACAUCGUGCGCGCCGCCGACACCGACCGCAGCGCCGACGUCACCGACCAGGUCCGCCACAUGCGCGACCUCAACGAGAGAUUCGCCCACGUGUCAUCCGAGGCUACCCGCCGAGAGUCGGAACUGCAGCGCCUGGUCCGCGCCUGGGAAGACUUCGAGACCAAGAAGCGGUCGGUCGAGGAGUGGGCCUCCCGGGCCGAGGCCCUGCUGGCCGAUAACCGGGUGGACUCCAAGCAAGCCGUGGACUUCCACAAGAGGUUCUUCCAGGGAGCCGACGAGAGGGCUGUUUCCGAGCUGGUGCGGUCUGGACGAGAGUUGCUUGAGCUGGUGAACGAAGAAGACCGUCCCCGCGUGGUGCAGACCGUAGAAGAGCUACAGCGACGCUGGCGCGAGUUGUUGGCGCGCGCGCCGCCGCACCUCAUGCGACUGGAGUUCCGUUUAGACGAGGCCGUCUUCCACCACUGCAUCAAGGACAUCGAGAAGGAGAUCGUUUAUGAGGAACAGGCCUACAACCAAAGCGACGACGCUGAUGGCAUACUCAUCAGAAACGAGGAAUAUUUCCGCAACCAAGGCAAGGUUAUGCAGGUGGAACACUGUCUCCAGAACCUGAAGAAGAUAGCGACGAGCUACACGCACCAGACAGGUGACGUCGCACUGGAAGAAGAGCUCAGAAGGUGCGAGCAACAAUGGGAAAGCACGGUGCAAAGAGUGGAACACUUCAGGCAGCAACUCCAGAGGAUCCCAGCCAAAUGGGAUGCCUACAGGGAGAAGUUCCGAGAAAUGGAGAGGUGGAUGGAUCACGUUGACAAGACCAUGGACAGCAUUGUAAGAGAGGUGGAUUCCGCAGAGGCGUUCGAACGAGAGAAGACAAUAUUCCAGAACAUCUGCCGUGAAGCGGAUAAGAAACGCGAAGACAUGAAGUGGUUGGUCCAGACAUUAGACAUGUUAUCAAACCACUGCUCAGAGUUAGAAGCUCAAGAGGAACAAAUGAAGCUCGAAAAUCUAAUAGCCAGAUAUAAAAACCUAAUUCCUACAAUAGAGAUCACGAUGAUAAAGACUGAGACUUACACGAGAUGCUACACUUAUCGCAGAGAAGUCCAUGAAGUCAUAUGCAUACUAGAAAGUGCUAAACAACAGGCCAUGAUCGAACCAGAACCACAGUCUUUGCAGCAUGUGGAACAGCUAGUUCUCGAACAGCAAGCAGCAGUGCAGAAGCUUGACCGACAACGGCCUUCUGUUAUGUCUAUGCUGCAACGAGGCAAGGAACUCAUUAAGGAUGCCAACGCGCCUGCGUUCGUCAGAGAGGAUGUAAGAAACCUUGAAAGCGGUUGGAAUACCGCUUAUGAAUCCUCCACUGACAGGCUACACAAAUUACGUGACACCCAAAAAGUAUGGUCUAACUAUGAAUAUCAAAAGGAGGAAUUACUCUCAGAUCUUAACAAGAUCGAGAGCUAUGUUGCACAUCCAGGAUUGGAACUUGGUGUUAGUAACAUUGGACGUGAACUUCAAGAAACUAGAACUAUUAAUACUGACAUCGAAAAGGCAAAAUGUGAAAGACUGCCUCAGUUGCAACAAGCUUAUGCUGAGCUACGAUCUUUGACAGCAAACAAACCCAAGCCAGUGAUCGAAAAAGAUCUUCAAACUAUUGAACGUAAAUUGGACAGAGUAGAAGAUGAAGUACAUACUAAGGUAGAACACCUUGAAAAGUUCAAUGAAGAAUGGGUAAAGGUUGAACGUAAGCUCGAACAUGUAAGAGAAUGGAUAAAGAAAGAAAGUCCAGCUCUGAUCUCACAAAUACAAUCUGAAAAUAUCACUCCCGAAGAACGUGUGGUGAAAUCGCAAGCUCUACAAAAAGUAAUUUCUGAAAAGUUGGAGACUAUUAGACAUGUUGCCGAUCAAGGAACAAAACUAGCAGUUGAACAUAGAGUCCAAGAUGCCAACCGACUUAAAGGUGAAGUGGCAUUGUUAGAAAAAAUGAUGGCUGACCUUCAACGAUCGACUGAACAUCAGACUAAAGUAGUAGAGCAUGACCUGGCUAGCUGGCAGAAGUAUCAAAAAGGGGUAUCGGAGAUCAAGCCAUGGAUAGAAGAAGCUGAGAUUAAACUUGGUAAUGUACCAAAGCCCACGACCUUGCCUGAAGCACAACAACUACAGCAGCAGUCGCGGGCAUUAAUCACAGAUUGUGACAAACAACUAAUGAACCUACAAAUCCUUUCUAGUGUCAGUCAUCAACUGUCGGGUAAGACCAGUGCUCCUGAUGAAGUAGAUGCUAUUCAUUCGAGAUGGGCUGUGGUCCACGAUCUCGCAGAUCAAUGGCAUAACAAAUUGGACAAAUUAGUUGGUAAUUGGGAAAAUUUCGAACGCGAGGCUGAAAAACUAGAAACUUGGAUAGAAAAUGGCGAAAAACUACUAAGCAGUCGCAGUGUUUCUGUUGAUACACCCCAAGUAGAGAAACUUGACAGAGAACUUAAUAAACUCAAGUCUUUCGGCAAUGAGAUUUCGCAGCAACAAGCAAGGAUUAUUAGUUUAUCACAGACUUGUGAUAAUAUUUGCCACAACAUACAGCCUGAAGGCGCAACUUUAUUGAAAAACAAAGUAUCUGAUAUCAAACAAAGAACAAAUUCACUAGCUGAGACUGUCAGAUCUAAAGUGAACGAGCUUUCGGACAAGAUUAUCGUUCGACAAGAAUUCAUGACCAAAUUACAUAAUUUCGAUAACUGGAUUACCGAUUUCAGAAGAAAAACUGAAAGUUAUGAUCAGAUUAGUGCUGACAAAGUUGAACCGACAUUGCAGUCGAUGCAUGUACUUUCUCAGGAGCAUGCGGCCAAAGAACCAGAAUUCACUGAUAUUUACAACGAAAUCAAGAAUAUGACACUUUCAUCCCAUCCAGAUGAAUCCCGGUCUUUGAGUGAGACCUACUCAAAUAUAGCUCAGCAUUACCAAGUAAUAGAGAACAAUAUUCAACAAAAUAAGGCUGUUUUACAAAAAUGGUCUGAGUUGUUGAACUGGUACGACGACACAAAGCAACAACUUGGUCACAUUCAAUACCAAAUUGAUGGACCUAAACUAACACCUGAAAGUUACGAAGUUUUGCGACAGGAACUUGUAAAUAUUAUCACAAAGGUACCAGAAUGGAAGAGUCACGUUGCGUUGUUAGAUGGACCUUCAAGAGUCAAAGUUACAGAUCAAAAUACGGGUCGUAUUAUGUCACCGACUAGCAUAGUCAAAGAAGUGGAAAUGAAAGCUGAUGCGUUGCUGAACCAAGUAACUACUAAGAGAGAUCUCGUACAAAAGGUUGGUGCAAGAUGGGACAAGUUUAAUGUUCAACACAACGCAUUAAGCCAAGUAUUGCAUGGAAUCCAAUCUGUUCUCAAUGAUAUGGCUCAAAAACCAGUUCCAUUAACUGAAGCUACUAUUCAAGAUAUGACGGAACAACUUGACAAACUUGACGCUGAAAUGAGAGACAAACAAUCAAUACGUAAAGAGUUGAGAGAAGAAGGGUUACAUUUGAUGAGAGAAGAUCAACCCAAUAUGGGCACAAUUCAAAAUGCUCUGUCUGCAGCUGACAAUAAUUGGGACCAAAUUGUAAAUUCGAUGAGAGACACCAAAAACAAAUAUAUUUUACUGUCAUCGACACUUCAAGAACUGAAAAACUUUACAGUUGCAUUCGAUAGGGAAAUGAACAGAGCUGAACAGCUGUACAAUGAUUCUAAAGAUGCCCCGAAUGAUUACAUGCAAACUGCUCAAUCCUUAGAAAAGGCCAAGAAAUCGUAUGAAAUUUUGAAAAGAUCAAAGGGACUCUUAGACCAGAUGGAUGUUAUUAAGCAAUCUAUAUUAAAACAAGCUUCGACUCUGGGAGGUUUCGACACUAGUCCUCUUGAAGAAGCAUUUUUGACUUCGCAAACUCACUGGGAGAAAGUUAAUGAUGCCGCUAUCAAGAGAAUACAGGAUUUAGAAUCUCAGCUUAUUGUUUGGAGACAAAUUGAUGACACAAAGAAUCAAGUUUUAACUUGGCUCAGUGAAACUGGACAAAACUUAUCUAAUGCUUGUGACAACUUAGAAAUUCGAUUUGGUCAAAAUCAUCUUACUAAAUACAAAGAAGAAUUGCCAUUGUACUUGUCAUUGAAAAACAGUAUUAAGGCAAAAUGCGAACAAAUUACGAACUUAAACAAAAACAUACCAGUAGAACAAGUAUCUUCCAUAGUCAACUACUUGGAAUCUGAAUUUGAAGCUUUGCAGAGUCUGGCUGAUAAUUUGGAAAGUGCGGUGUCGUCUUUAGAAACUAAAGAGAACAAAUUGAAGGAUAACAUAAAGCGACUAUCGGACAGUGUCAGCAAAAUCAGAGAUGAUAUAAUUAAAUGUGAUGACAUGACUGGUGAUAAUGCUAAGAUAUUAGACCGUCUUAAGAAGUGUCAAGCCUGUAAGGCAGAGUUACAGAACUUAAACGAUGAAAUUGAUAACUUGACACAAAAUGUCUCUGAAAUGAAUGCCAACUAUCCAGGGUUCUAUGAAUCACUAGUACCAAAAGAAUUGAGUUCUUUGCAAAAACGUUUUGAAAGUGUAGUGAUACACGCUAAUAAGACAGAAACUACCCUUCUGACAUUCUUACAAAAACUAUUCACUGAUAAAUUGGCAAUGUUUAACAGGAAUCUAAAGAUCCUUGAUGAUAAGACAAGGUGGUGUAUGCCUGAUGCAAGCAGUGACAAAUACAACUUGGAAGUUAAAGCAGCCGCCUUGGCUGAUGUUGAAAAUGGUAUUGCUGAGUGUCAGAGCAAGGUGAAGGAAUUAAAGGAAGCCAGCGAAAUUCUCAAAAUAGUCGCGGAGCCUGCAUGUGCUCAAGAAGCCGCUGUACAAACGAACAAAGCACAGAAAAACUUAGAAGUUUUGUCAGCUAAUUGCGAUGAAAUUAAAAACAGACUUAAAGAGAACAUUGACGCAUGGCAAGAUUACGAAACUUUAUUGGAAAAUGUGUCUGAGUGGCUCAAGGACAAAGAAAAUACUGUUAGACUGGAAUCUGCCAAUCUCUUGAAUAUGAACGACAUUGACAGUAAAAUAGUUGACAUGCAGAAUCUUAAUCAAGAAAUUCAAAACUACAACGGUGAAAUUCAGAAACUGACUGGCAUUGGAGAGACAAUUAUGUCUCGGAAUCCAGAUUCAAGAGUUCUGCAAUACAUAAAUCACUUAGUGACUAGAUAUCAAACUGUAGGCAAAUUCAUGGAAAAUCACUUACACCGAUUACAAGAAUUGAAAAACAAUAAGACUAAGUAUGACAAGUCUAUUGCAGACUUUAAAAAUUGGCUUCAGGAUGCAAAUGGCAAGAUCAAAGACUUAGCGGUAAUGAGCAAGCAUGCUAAGCCGACCGCAGCUGAUUUAGCUCAGGUUAAGCAACUCAAUGACAACAAAGAAGUUGGACAGAAAUUGCUAAAUACUGCCAUUGAAUCAGGCGAAGCUCUUUUCAGUGGAAUAACUCCAGAAGGCCGAGAACAAAUCAGAAAUGAAUUAAGAGCAUUAAGAGACUAUUUUGAGGAUUCUGUCGAUUCAUUAAACAAUGUCAUCAAGGAUAUUGAAACAACAAUCAAUAAGAGAUCAUCCUUUGAUGAUACUUUCAAUCAAGUACAAAAAUGGAUCAGCGAUAAAGAAAAGGAGUUAGGAGAGUUCAAAUUGUGCCCGACGCUACCAGAAAAGAAAGCUCAAUUGCAUGCAAACAAGAUAAUGCAUCAAGAAGUUGAUUUACAUCAGUCAAUGCUUUCACAAUUAACUGAAAAGAUCAAAUUAAUGCCAGAUGACGAAGCAGAAAAAAGCUUGUCAAAGACCAUUGAUAGGUACAAGGGCAUGUCCAAAGAACUUGAAAAGAGAAUAGCAACAUGUGAGUCGCAUGUGGCAGAUCAUGAAAAAUAUGUUCAGUCCUUUGAAGAUUGUCGUGAUCGCCUCAAUCACAUCAUUGCUGAAAAUAGUGUGUUAAACUAUGGAGUUGUUACACUGAAAGAAGACGUCGACUCUAAAAUUGCAGCUAUAGGCAAAGUAACUGACAAGGCUACUGAAAUUGAAGCCAUUCUUGAUGGCUUAAAAUCGCAAUUAAAUGUUGUCUUACAAACCACAAGCUCGAACGGCCACCCUGUUCUUAUCAGUGAAUAUGAACAGCUUCAAACUACGUGGGAUCAGUUUGCAACACAAUGCAAAGAACAAGAUAAGAAACUCAAAGAAACCUUGAAGCAGUGGAAUGAAAGUCAAAAGACAUUAGAUGAAUUAGAAGAAUGGCUUAAGCUCAAAGAAAAUCAAGUCAGAGAUCAAAGCUUGAAGAGCAAUCUGGAAGCUAAAAUUAGCCACUUACAGAAAGUUAAGGAGAUUCAGGGUGAGUUGGCAGCACGAAGCCCUGAGUUCACCGCUUUGACCAGCAACAAACAAGUUGCAAGUGAAUCUGAUCUUACAAACAAAACUUCCAAAUUGGCUACAAGAUACCAUACAUUAAACAACCUAGUCAAUGAAAUAAUUUCUAAAUACGAAGUAUUCGUGUCAGAACAUCAAGCAUUCGAAAAUGAGUACGACAAUAUGGAAACUUGGCUAGCUGGAAUGCUUGGUGAAUUACAAGAUCUCAAUGAAAUCGUUGGUGAUUAUGCUGUUUUACAAGAAAAACAAAAUAAGGCUAAAGAACUUUAUGAAACCAGAAAUAAGAAGACACCAGUAUUUGAAGAAUUCCUGAGCUUAGGAGAGAAACUAUAUACACAUACAAGCCCAGAUGGCCGUGAAGUUAUCCGCCAGAAAAUUAGAAAGAUCAGGACUUUAUGGGAUAGCUUUGGUGACAGCUUCCAAGAAACUGUUAACAAAUUAGACCAAUGUCUCUUACAGUUCUCAGACUUUUCCUUGGCUCAAGAACAGCUAACUAAAUGGCUCAAAGACGUUGAAAAGGCAAUGCAGCGCCACACUGAACUUAAGGCAUCACUUGAAGAAAAGAAAGCUCAAUUGCAAAAUCACAAAAUAAUGCAUCAAGAAAUAAUGACCCAUCAACAACUAGUCGAGUCUGUUUGUGAUAAAGCACAACAAUUAGUGGAUCAAACACAUGAUGCAUCGUUGAAUGUUUACUUACAAUCUAUAAAACAACUGUUCCAAAAUAUCGUCACUAAAUCUCAGAACCUUCAAGACAACUUAGAAGAUUGUGUAAAGCGCCACGAAGAUUUAGUACGUCUUAUCCAGCAGUACAAAGAUUGGUUAGGUUCCCAGUCAGAAAAAUUACUUGACAUUGAAAAUGCAACUGGAGAAAAACCAGAAAUCAUUAGGAAACUCCAGUCCGCUGUUGCUUUAAAAGAUAUUGAGAAAAUCGGAUCCAGCAAGUUGGAUGAAAUCAGAAAUGUUUUCUCUGCUGUUAGCAAAAGCACAUCAGAAUCUGGUAAUGCGGCAAUUAAAGCUGAAAUUGACAAUUUACUAGAUCAGUUGCGCAAUGCCGUUCAAAGUAUUGGAACGUCAGAGCAAAAAUUGAAACAUACUUUAGAAAUUUGGAAUAAGUUUGAUGUCUCCAUAGAAUCUAUUACUGAAUGGCUUAAAAAUAUGGAAUCUAAAUGCAGAGAUCAAAGUCUUUGUUCAACAUUGCAAGAAAAAGAAGCGCAACUAAAGAGAUAUGUAGACCUUAGAAAUGAGAUCAAUGCCAAGGAGAAAGAGAUUGAUGCAUUUGUUGAUGAAUCUCAUAGCCUUAUCCAAUUAAGUGGAGUGGAACGCUUGAAACCUCUCGUGACUCAAGUGAAUAGUAGAUACCAACAACUUCACUUGAUUUCUAAAGACAUAGUCAACCAUUGGUCUGAAUUGGUUGGUGAUCACAGGAAGUAUGUUCAACUGAAAAGUGAAUUCGAAACGUGGCUCAGGCCGUUGGAAGAACAACUAUCACAAAUGGUCACAAAGGAAGACAAGCUUAGCAUUGAAAGCAAAGGAAACAAGCUGCAGGUAUUUUUAAUGGAAAGAGAUAAUGGUGAGCACAAAAUAGGAAUUCUGACAAGUGCUGGAGACAAAGUUCUCCCUGAAACAGCAGCUAACGGCAGAGAGAAUAUCCGAUCUGAAAUAAGAGAUCUUAGGGAACGGUGGGAUAAACUGAACGACACAAUCCUCCAGCAACAGAAAGAGUACGAAUCUCAGACAUUGCAAUGGUCAAGUUACCAGGACGUACUUCAGCAAACUUUGUCGUGGUUGGAUGAAAAAGAAAAGAUUGUUGAAAAUGAAGAAAAAUCUGUGCUCAAUUCCGCUCAAGAAAUAAAGUCGAAAUUACUUAAAAACAAGACUUUGUUACAAGAAAUUUACUCACACAAAAGGGUAAUUGAAACAGUUACCGAAAAAGCUAAAUCUGUAGCUGCUAACUUACACUCUGGGAAAGAUGAGAGUGACGACAUGUCUAAAAUAAUUCAAUCUGUUUGGGACAGAUACAACGCAUUAACAAACAGGUUGUCUGGGAUCAUCGAUAAGCACGAGAAAACAUUUGAGAUAUAUCAACAAUUCUCAGACCAACAAAAAUCUCUUCAAGACUAUCAGAAGCAUCUGUGGGAUCGUCUUCAUUUACUGUCAGACUUCACUGGAAAUAAAGCAGCUCUACAAAGCAAAUUGGCUAAAAUUCAAGAGCUUCUGGAUGCGAUACCAACAGGCAACAACAAGCUUAAGAUUUUAUCAGACUUGAUAGAAAACAGUUCAUCUAAAUUAUCACCAAGAGGGCGUGAAGGUAUGUCCAGAGAGUUGGCAUUGCUUAAGGCUGAUUUAGAAAAGUUCACUGCGACAGUGCAUGAAGUGAAGCGAGGCAUUGAAGAUAAGAUACAGCAAUGGAUUGAGUUCGAAAGUGCGAAUGACAGGUUACAGCACUGGCUAACAGAUACUGAGAUGAGCUUGAAAACGUACACUCCCAAGGCGACUCUAGAUGAGAAAAUUGAUCAACUCAAUAAAUAUCAGGAAUUGAGUAAAGCGAUUGAUAAUCACGAAAAUGAUUUGAGCGCUGUCAUAAGACUCGGGGAAGCUUUGGAUCAAGUUAUUUUGGCUAACUUGAAGAAGACUGAAAAUGACGUAGACAAAUUAAGCGAUGAAUUCAGUGAUUUGAUCGAAAACUGUAACGACACCAGGAUCACAAUGAACUUGCAACAAAUGACUUCUCGAUUCCAAUCAGUACAGUCGACAGCCAAAGAGUUGGUGAAGAAGUGUGAACAAGCUGUCAACGAUCACAGUGCGUAUCAAGAGAAAUACAACCAAUGUACAGACUGGAUUAAGUCAGCACAGCACAAGUUUGAAGAAUGUAAUAAGAAAAUCUCUAGCACACCAGAAGGCAUAAGUGCCAAGCGAGAAAGUCUUAACGAUUUGCUUAGCCAACGACGCAAUGCUACUCUGCUUGUGAACAACACAGUCGAACUAGGAGAAAAGUUGUAUCCUUCUACAUCACCUGAAGGUAAAGAAUUAAUUGAACAACAGCUUCAAGACAUCCAACAAUCUAUUGACAACUUGUAUGAUAAUAUUACAAAGGCCGAAAGAGAUUUGGAUUCUGAAUUGAACAAGUGGUCAUCAUUUGAUGAUAAUCUGAAGACUGUGCAACAAUGGUUGUCAACGGCCGAGAAGAACUUACCAAAAGAAAUUGAAUUAAAGGCUACAUUGGAUGAAAAGCGUAAUCAAUUAAACGUCUACAGGACAUAUCUUCAAGAUGCUAUCGCCCACCAACAAGACAUAGCUAACUUAGAAGCUCGUGCUCAAAGCUUACCAGACAUUACAAAAGAUAUUACAAAGGAAAUAAACCAACUUAAACAAAGACAUGAGACCAUACUUACACGAGCAAAGUCAUUUGUUGAACAAUAUGAAGCUAUUGUUAAUAACCAUCAACAAUACACUAAAGCGGUUAUGGACUUGCAAGAAUGGGUAGAAGCUACACAUAACACUGCGCAGCUGUGGGGAGAUGUUAAUUUAGAGCGCGUGGCACUAAGUAGCAACUGUGAGAAGCUGAAAUCUUUGCAAUUAAGUUUGCCAGAAGAGAAGGCUCGUAUUGACAAGAUACGUUCCAUAGGAGAAAAAGUUCUUCCUGGUACUAUUAGUAAUGGGCAAGCCAAUAUUAGAAACCAAAUUGAUGCUUCUCAUCAAGAAUGGGAAGGCUUAGUUUCGUUUAUUAAUAAAACAAUUGAAUCUCUUGAAAAUAAAAUACAGCAAUGGAAUGAGUAUGAAAACAUGAAAGACCAAUGCCUAGCCUGGAUUAGGAAUACUGAUACACAGAUUCAUGCUGUUGACUUGAAAGCAACAUUACAAGAAAAGCAGGAGCAGUUUAAGAAGUUCCAAGAGUUACAAGGGGAAGUACGUGCUAAGGAACUUGAAAUCGAUAAUAUAACUGAAAAAGCACAGCAUUUAUACACGGGAGUGCUUGGGCCUCGCGGCUCACAGAUAUCCGAUCUUGCAGUUAAAUAUCAAACUCUGUCUCAAAAAGUUAAGGACUUAACUAAUAGGUGGCAACAGUAUGUUAAAACCCACCAAGAGUUUGCUAGUAAUGUUACUGAAUGUUCCCAAUGGAUCGAGGAACUAAGAGACAAGUUGGACUUCUGUGCUGACCUCAGCUCUAGUUCUCAAGAUGAUUUAGAAACGAAAUUAGUUUUGAUACAGAAUUUGUUGCUAACAAAAGAUGAGGGAUUUACGAAAGUGCAAUCACUUGUUGAACUUGCGCAGAAUGUAAUGGCAAACACUGCACCUGCUGGCCAUGAAGCAAUUAAUAACUCGCUUAUUGCCUUACAAGAGCAAUGGUCAGCAUUAUUGUCCAGAAUGAUUGAAACAAAGAGCAUGUUAGAUGAUUCUGUGACUAAAUGGGCUGGGUUCUUAGAACAAAUUCAGUUGAUCGAGAAGAGCAACAACUGGCUUGAGAAUAUGUUAGCUGAAUUAUCUCCAUAUGAGUCCUCCAUGACUGAUAAACGAGGUCAACUGGAAAAACUAAAGGAAGUUGAAGAAAAAGCCCGAUGCGAUCGUCUUGAUGUCGACACAUUGAAAGCUAAGGCCGCUGAAAUGAUAGCUAGUGGUCAGCAAAACCAAGCAGCAUCGAAAGCUCAAGAAACGCUUAAUAAGUUCGAUACACUUUACGACCGAGUCAAGAAACUGCUUGCUGACCGAGAAGAGCAGUACAAGGACCACAGGCUAUACAAAGAAGCGCAUGAUGAACUUAUUCAAUGGUUGACCAGAGCUCGAGAAAAGGUUCCAUCUUUGAAGUCUAAGCCAUUGAGCGACAAAUUAGCAAUUGAGAAUUCAGUAGCGCCUCUUGAUGCGUUGAUAAAUAAACAAGCUCAAGGUGAACUGUUGCUGGAACACCUGCAACAUACUGGAGAGGUGGUCCUUGCUAGUACUUCACCUGAAGGACAAACAACAAUCAAAAAUGAAAUGAAAGCAUUGAAAGAAAGCUUCGACGAUCUUUUCAAUGAAAUUAAACAACAAAAGAGCCAAUUAGAGGAAACUGUUAAUCAAUGGCGCGAAUACAAAGAUGAAUAUGAAAGGCUUUCAGAUUGGUUACAACAAAAAGAGAUUCUUAUUAAAAACCAUAAACUGGCAUUGCUUGGAACUGCAAAAGAAAAAGGCGCCCAGGUUAAUGAAGUCAAAGAAAUUGUUGAUCAAUUAAAUAAAGGUAAGAAAGAUAUUGAAACGUUCAAUGCUUCAGCAUCGGGUCUAUUGGCGUCACAUCUUGAUACAUAUGUUAACAACCAAUUGAGGCAUCUGAAUUCAAGAUAUCAAGUUUUAGUCAAUAUGGCUAAUGAUGUUCUGAAGAAAGUAGAAACUAAUUACGAACAACAUCAAAACUACGAUGAAAACUAUGCCAAAACUAAGAAAUGGAUCGAUGACGCCUGGGAAAUCACCCGCAGUGGCAGUGAAGCUGGCAGCAAUAGCAGUAAGGAAGCAUUACAAAAACGUUUGGAACAAAUAGAAGACUUGUUGAAACGUCGCGAAGAAGGCCAGAAUUUAGUACAUGCUACUGUAAAUAGUGGUGAAAAAGUUCUAAGAAACACAAGAUCUGACGGUAAAGACAGAAUUAACACUGAACUCAAAGAAUUGCAAAACGAAUGGGAUCGUUUAGUCAAAAAGAUGACGACAGCUAAAGUUCAUUUAGAGACGGCCCUACUGCAAUGGGCCGAUUAUAGCUCAAGUUAUUCACAACUCCAGCAAUGGAUACAAGACAGAGAAGCAAAACUUCAAGAAGUGUGUGAGCAGAAAGUCGCCAAGUCAAAGAAAGGUCAAGACCGCCUUGCUGGUCUCACAACAGGCCUCAGCCUUGGCGAAAGAAAAGCUACACUCCGUCAAACAAACAAUAUUGUUCAAGAUAUCGUUUCGUUUGAACCCAUGAUUCAGUCUGUAACUUCUAAGGCUUCGGAACUUAUGCAACAAGCUCCGGCAUCUGAAAUCACCAGCAAAUAUGAAACGCUAUCUAAACAAGCUAAAGACUUAUAUGAAAAACAAAAAGAAACAGUUGAACAGCACCAGGCCUUUAUUGACGCUGGUUCAGAUUUCGUCCAAUGGAUUAGGGCUGCUAAGGAAAGGUUAGGCAAGUGCUCUGAUGCAACCGGAGAUAAGGAAUUUUUAAGUAGUAAGAUAUCUCAACUUAAAGUUUUGGAAAGUGAAUUACCGGAAGGACAAGCAAAAUUACAAAAAGCUCUAGAACAAGGAGAGAUAUCAUGUGCAGUAGCUGAUGAGGAAGACAAAGAAGAAAUAGAGGAAGAAGUAGCUCUUAUGCAAGAGGAAUACGAUACCUAUGUUGAGCAGCUGAAAAACACCAAAGCAUUGAUUGAAGGAGGUAUUGUAAAAUGGACUGAAUAUGAAGAGCAGUACAAGGAAGCCUUGGAUUGGUUGUCAAAGACUGAAAAACUAGUACAAUCAUUUAACAAAUUGCAAAAUAACUUGGAGCAAAAGAAAGUGGUUCUGGAGGAAUUCCAGGGACAUCUGCAAAUGUUGUUCGACUGGCAAGCUGAACUUGACAAACUCAACGUUCACGCGCAGACUUUGUUAGAAACAUGUGCAGACACCAGGAUUUCAAACGGAAUCACUCAAAUCACAACAAAAUACAAUGCUUUACUGUCUCUCGCUAAAGAAGUUAUGAAGAGACUUGAACUCCAUUACCAGGAACAUCAACAACAUAAUGCCCUGUAUGGAGAAUGCCAAGAUUGGCUUGACAGAACUCGCGAGAAACUUAACCAGUGCGCUGAAAUACCAAACACUUUACAAGAAGUUAACAAUAAGCUUAACACUGUUAAACUUCUACGACAGUCUUUGGAACAAGGUCAGAAUAAACUAAGAUACUUGUUGGAAUUGAAAGAGAAGGUCAUUAUGAACACGGAACAAGCAGGCGCAGCUAAAAUCCAGGAAGACACCGAUAACCUAAAACAAGAGUUUGACAAAUUGAUUGCUGAUUUACAAGACGUACGCAAUAAAUUGACCACCAGAGCUGGACAGUUUGACGACAUUUCAAAGAUCCACAAAUUACUGGUCGAAUGGCUAGAUGAUAUUGACCAGAAAAUACAAUCAGACGAUUCUUUGAUGAAUGACCUAUCAGAGAAGAAGGCUAAGCUGGAGAAGUUCAAAACAUUCAACAGGGAUAUUGAUUCUCACAACGAUCUCGUUAAAAAGCUGACUGAAAAGUUACAAGAAGACGGAUCUUUGAAAUCAAAAGAAAUUGAAGAUACGUUAAAACGCUACGAUAACAUAAGGAAGACAGUUAACGAGAUGAUCGCUAAACUCGAAGAAUACGUUAAUUCCCACAUACAGUACAAAGAAUCGUACGACAACUUCUAUGAUUGGGUUCGUAAUUGCAAGAUAGAAAUCCAGCAAUGCUCUGAUUCUCACGGAGAAAAAGAAGAAGUUCAAAAGAAACUAAAGAAUGUGAAUAAAAUUAUUGAAUCAUUGCCUAAGGGAGAAGCUCUUCUGAAGAAAACAAUCCAACAUAGCGAAGCUGUAUUAAAAACAACUGGUAAUGAAGGAAAGGAUAACAUCAAUCAAGAAAUCAAACAGUUGCAGAUUGAGUGGGAGAACUUGCAACAGAUUUGCAAGGACACCAAGAAGUUGCUAGAAAAGUGUCUGUCCGCUUGGUCAGAUUUCCUGGAAACAUCUGAGAAGAUGAGCAAAUGGGUCAAAGAUUUCGAUAACAAGCUUAAAGGAGUACAGAAAGUAGACAAAAUCACACCUGAGCAUCUCGAUAAGUGUCGCGAACUUUUGGCAGAAGCUCUUAGAAACAAACAUGUUUUGGAAGAGCUUAACGAUAGGUGUGAGAACUUAAUGGAGUUGAGCGCCUGUGCAUGGGUCCGCGAUAAGACAGUCACUUUGCAAACUGAAUACACGACUCUCCUGACUAAGAUACAAGGCUUUGUUUCUAACGGAGAAAAGAACCUAUCUGAUCAUACAGAAUUCAUUAAGGCCAAGGAAGAUCUACAGAAAUGGCUAGAAACAGCUCACGGAACAGUUCAAGAUUCGAUAGGAGUAGGUGACAUUGAUACCACAAAGGAUAAGCUUGAAACCAUCAAGCUUGUAAGCAACAGAAUGACUGAAGGACAUCACUUGCUCGUCGUCCUUCAAGAGGCAUUCAAGAAAGCUCUGAACAACACUCCCCCUGAAGAACAAGAUGGUUUACGAAAUGACGUUAAGCUUUUGCAGGAGAGCUGGGACCAACUUAAGAUUGACUUGAAUUCCAUUACAGUACAACUGAAGGCUGCUAUUGGAAAAUGGGAAGACUUUGAAGAAUCUAAGAAUAAAAUGAACCAAUGGAUUAAGGAUACUGAACAGAACUUGGAUAAAGUUCCUCCUACUAGUGGCGAGCUUGGUGAAAUGAAGACUUUAUUAGAAAAAUACAAGCACAUAGAAGAUGAAAUCGACAAUAAGAAACCAGAGCUAGAAAGGCUAAAGAGUGAAGCCGCUGAACUGAGUAGCUGGGCAAAGAAGCCUGCAGUCAAAGAAUCUGUUACAGAAAUCGAGAAAAAAUGCAAUGCAUUACGCGCUAAGUGCGCAGCAAAGAAAGCUGAACUCGAGUCUGAUAUCAAAGACUACAAUCAAUACCACCAAUCGCUACAAGACACUGAAAAAUGGCUGUUACAGAUUUCAUUCCAACUUAUGGCUCAUAAUUCCCUGUACAUUUCCAACAGGGAGCAAACAGAAGAGCAGUUGGCUCAGCACGCUGUUUUGUUAGACGACAUUCAGAAGUACAGGUCCACUCUUGACGACCUGGAAGCUAAGGGUAAAGCGCAGAUUGAGAGGUACCAAGCAACGGCGCCAUCAAUCAAGGACACUGUAGGAAAACAGUUGAAGAACGUCAACGACAGUCACAAGUCUCUGUUAGCCACGGCGCUGCAGAUCGAACGCCGGCUACGCGAGGGGCUUGCCAAAUUCAAGGAAUACGAAGACACUCUUGAAAGCAUUUUGAACAACUUAGAUGAGUGCGAGCCUGCUAUCACCGAGCUUGAUGUACCGGUCGACGGCCUGUCGCACGGUCGUGAGCUUCUGGACAAAGCGAGGGCUCUGCACAACCGUCUCCAAACGGAAAAGAGUCGGCUGUCGGCGGCCGUUGCGGCGUGCUCGGCGGCCGCCGCGUCGGUGUCGCGGCCGUCAUCGCCCGCCGACUCCGCGCCGCUUCCGAUCCCGCCGCGCGAACUUCACGUGCGCGCGCGCCUCGAAGACCUCAUAGACCAGAAGCGAGUUAGCGAUGUCGGCAGCGCGCCGCGCAUCCACGAAAUUCUUAAGAACCUGGAGACACCAGAGUUCAACGAAAAGCUAACGGCUUUCGAACAAAGGGUACAAAGCCACUUGGAAACGCUGGGUGAUGCAGUGCACGGAAUGGAAGAAGCUAUGAAGCAAGUGGACGAGAUCCAAGAAUGGAUAAAUGUGCACAACGCGCUGGCCCGCGACUGGCUCGCCAACCCGUCCAAGCUGAGGCCCGAGGCAGCCAAGCAAGACAUGGCUGCCAUGAGCGACGCACUGGUCUCCUUGGGAGAGAAGAGGAACAGGUUGCUGACUGAAAUUCCUACAGAAGGGCUAGAAGACGAAAUCAAUCUCGAAGAAGAAUUAGAUAACUUGGAAGUGAACAUUGUCAAAGCUAUUGAAAGAGAAAAGGGCAACCAAGCAAUCAUUGAUGACUACAGACACAAGUGUCAAGAAAUCCACGAUUGGUUUGACUCUGUUCUAAAGAAGAUGAGUCUAGCUGACAAGGGCUCCGGUCUCUCGUGUGUUCAAAAGUUGAGUGCGCUGAAAGACUUGUCGGCUGAAUUCGAUCAGGCUGGCAAAGAUAAGGUCGACAACAUCAAGACCAUCGGCUCUAAAGUCAUCAAUAUUGUCAGCAACUUAGAAUCACAGCAAGUUGAGGAACAGAUGAAAUCCGUGGAGCGAAGGUAUAACGACAUCGCAAAACGCAUACAACGUAAAUUGCACAUGCUUGAAAUCACAUACAAAGCGAUUGAUGGAACGAAGAGCGAAGUCAACGCACAGAAUGAAUGGAUGCAAAAAGAAAUUGACAACAUAUUACACCCGGAACCAUUAAGCUACGACAGCAAGUCAGCUAAAGAGCGUCAGAAGCAGAUUGCAAACUUGUUGAAAGAAACCGAUGGAAAGAAAACUGUCAUUGACUCGUUAGAAAAGAAAGUCAGUACCAUUCAGGCUGAGCUGGAACCAUCGGAACAAAUGCAAUUAGAGUCUGAACUAUCUGAAUUAGCAUCUAAGCAAAAGCAACUGGCUUCUUUGAUCAAACAGGAAAUUGAAAGAUUAGGUGGCUGUACUGAGGACAGGAAGAAACUAGAAAAUGAUAUCGAAAAAGCUAAGAACUGGCUGAAAGCAAAACUUGCAGAGAUCAAAAAGUUAGGUGGACCAGUACCAUUGGAAGCUGCAAAGGUAGAAAAAGAAAUUGCCGUACACAAGAAACACCAAGGUGAACUCUCAGACUUCCACAAUGACAUUCUAGCUGAAGUUAUGCGUCAAGGUAACGCAGUAUCCAAAGACUGCUCACCUGAAGAUCGCACUAAACUACAAGCUAUUUUAGAAGAUUUGAACAAGACCUACACUUCUGCUAAAGUAGAUAUUGAUGAUAAAUUGUCGGCAUUGAACAAACUUUUGCAAGGAAGAAAUGAGUUCGAGGCUGAUGUUGCUAAGUGUCAGAGCUGGCUCAAUGAAGCUGAAGUUGCUGCUACUCCUGAACUUAGAACUACAAGUCUACAAUUAUUAGAAGAACAGCUAGCCAAGUUUGAGAAACUAAGUAAGGAGGCAGUAGAUGUCGAUAAGAACAUAUCGAAAAUCAAAGACAAAUCAAAAGAUAUUAUGGAGACAUUAUCAGACUCUAACAAACUACAACUUAAGGAACAAGUCAACAUACUCUCAGAUAAGUUUGCAAGAAUCAACGCCAUCAUCAAUGACAAGAAGAACAUCUUACUUAAACAUAUCAAGGAGUACAAAGACGCAGCUGCUAAGAUUGCUGCUGCACUCGAAUUCCUCAAUGAAAUUCAGAACAAACUCAAAGCUCUUAAUAAACCUAUUGGAAGCAAAGUAGAAGAUGUGAUUCCUAUUAUUCAAGCGUAUGAAUCAAUACUUGCUGAUCUCAAAAAGAACAAAGCUAUGCUCAAAGAAUUACAAGGUGGAAAUCUACAUGAUCUACAAGAUAUUCUUACACAACAAGACGAUUUAAUGGACACUAUUGAAGAUCAGAUAUCUAAAUUGAAACAACUGUUGCUACUGCGUGAACAAUUCUUUGCUCUUGUUAAAGAAAUUGAAGAGUUCAUUGCUAAGUACACUGACCUUACAGCUGAAAUUGAGAAAUCAAAUGAUACACUUGACGAGAAAAUUAAGCGGUACGAUGACAUCAUACUUAAAAUUCAAGGCUGUGAGGCUUUGUUGGCCACGGCUACAGACAAGGGUCAACAAAUUGCCGCCGAAGGUACUGUGAUCGAUAGGAAUAACAUAACAGAACUACUCCAGUCAUUGAAACAACAGCUUCUAACUCUGAGAAGGACCGUGGAAUCAAAACGGCAAGAACAUGAAAGAGCUGCAGCGGAACAUAAGAAACUGGCUUCAGAUCUGGCUGAAAUACUGCAACAACUUCACGACAGUGAGUCCGCUGUGCAUUCGCGACCACUUCUUAAUAGAGACGUUGCGAGUGUCGACAAGAAGCUUGUAGAACAUGCUACGCUAGCUAAGAACAUGCAAGCUUGCUUAGACAAGUUCACUAAGAUCACAGAUAUUAUCAAGAAUGACGACGGCAUUCCUGGAUCGUUGCUGGAAAUGGUAUCUGAAGGCAACUCUCUGAAGACGUCACUGCCCGCUGAACUGGCUAACAGGGAAAAAUACCUGCAAGAUAACAAGAAGAACCGACAGCAGUACUUACAGUUAGUCGAAAAAUUAAACAUCUGGGUGAACGAAGCGAAUAUUCGCCUCGACAUGGGCAAGAACGGAACAGACUUUGAAAAUAUCGAGGCAGAUCUUGAGGAACACAAGUCAUUCUUCAACACUUCUGAGCCAGAAAUGAAGGAUUUGGUCGGGAAACGUAUGCAGGACAUCGUUGAUAAGAUCUGGCCGUCUCUUGCGACACCCGAGCAGGAAGAGUUGUCUAAAGACCACCAGAAACACAACCAACUUCUGAAGAACACUUUGAAUUCCGCGAAGUCGAGACAAGCGCAGCUGGAGCAGGACCUGGAGAUCUGGAAGGACUUCUGCCAGCUGGUGGAGAAGAUCAAGGCGAUCCUGGACAAGAACGACAUCGAGGAUGAAGCCGUCACGACCGUCGACGAGCUCAGGGUCCACCUGGAGAACUUGAACCGCGCGAAGAAUGAUUUAGAGAACCAGCAGCCGCUCUUGGACGUGCUCCGAGAGCGGGCGCGCGAACUCGGCAGCGCCGCCGACGCGGCCAGCGGGGAGAGGGUCGAGCAGAAGACCAGGGAGCUAGCUGACAGAUGGAACGUUGCUUCGGAAGGUCUUGCCAAACGCGCGGCCAUCGCCGAGCACCAGCUACAACGCUGGAGCCAGCUCCUGGACGUGCAGAGGAGCCUGGCCGCCGGCAUCACCGCCGCCUCCGACCGCUUAAGGCAGCUUGACGCUACCCCCAGCACUAGGAGGAAGGCACUCGACUCCAGACAUGCUUUGCAGGAGCUGCAGAGCGAUGUGGAAAGCCUGGAAGAGUCCAAGGACGAACUUCUGGAACACGCCGAUUUCAUUGUGGCCUUCCUGAAGAGCCACUCUGGACAGGCUGCAGAAGACACGGACGCCACUGUCAAGGAACUCGUGGAAGCAUAUGAAAAAUUGCGACAGACAAUAGCGGCGAGGCUCGCGGAAAUCGACAAGAUUGUUUCUGAUUUCGACCGAGUGUCGGAGAAGAUAGACGAACUCCGGCAGUUGAUCGAAGUCUCCAUUGCUAAAGUCAAGACUUUCUACGUAUUCGGCGAGGACGAAACGGAAGGCGUGCGCGCAUUAACCAAAGAAGUAUCCGAUUUGGUCGAGCGCACCAAGAAUUUCACCGAGGAGAGCAGGAAGCAAUACGGCGGAUCGGCGCCAGCUGACGUAGCGCAGGAGUUGUCAGCUUUGGAAUUAUCUUCGGAGGCGUUGGCCGCGGCGAUGGAAGAAAAGGAAAGGGAAUGGAAGCGUGCGCGCACAGCUCGCUCCGAGUACGCCACGGACGUCGAAGACGUCCAGGCGUGGAUCAAGGCAGCCGAGCUGACCGCGCGAGAUCGCACAUCGCCGCCGGAGCCCUACAGAGAGCGCCUCGUGGCGACCAGAUCUGAAGUGCCAAACGUCGCCGACCGUGUUGAGCGUCUGACGCGCAACGCGCGCGCUAUCGUAGAAGGCAGCCGCGACGCCGGCGAGAGGCACCUGGUGCAGUCCACUGUCUCCGCGCUCACGGAACAGUUCGCGGCCGUGUGCAGCGAGCUGGAGGCGCGGCAGGCCGCCAUCGAGGACGCCUGCGACGCCGUGGCUCGCUUCCUCGCGCUACUAGAGAAAGUCCUGCUUUGGGUCGAGACACAACGUGCAUUCCUAGCGCGGCCACUCCCAUUGGCCGACUUGCAGGAGGCGCAACAGAAACAGACUGAAUAUGGGAACGCGCUCAAGAGUUGCAAGCAGCAAGCCAAAAACUUAGCGGACAUGGCCAAAGAAAUAGAGGCAAUCGAACGCGUAACGAGUCCGGGAGACCUCCCAUCGAGGCUCGAGGCGGCCGAGAACGCCACCGUCGACGUCGAGAAGAGACUCGCGAAGACCAACGGCCUGCUCCAGGAGCUCGCAGAGGAGUGGGAGAGAUGUGAGAAGAAGCUGAAAGACGCCGGCCACUGGCUCGAGGCGACCGCGCGGACGCUCGAGAUGCCGCAGAACGCGAAGAAGCCCCUGCGCGACCGCCUCGCCCUGCGGGAGAAGCUCAUAAACGACAUCUCCACGCAAAAAACAAAGAUCUCGUACGCCGUCGAGAAACUGAACGUGCACUUCGGGCCGGACGGCGUGGCGGCGGGGUCGCGCGGGCCCGAGGGCGUGGAGGCGAGCGCGCGCGCGCUGGCGGCGUCGCUGGACGCGCUGAGCGCCAGCACGGGCGCGCAGACGGCGGCGCUGGCGGCGGCGCUUGCACAAGUGGAGGCGUACUGCGCGGACGUGGGCCGCCUGCGGGCGCAGCUGCUGCAGGCCGAGCAGCUCCUGCGCCACGCCGCGCAGCCGCACUACGCGCCGCGCGAGCCCGAGCGCGCCCAGCAGCAGCAACAGGAGUGUCGAGAGAGAGUCAAGUCGCUCCAGAGUAAGAUUCAGGCGCGCAACGAGCGAAUCAAGCUUCUAGUCCAGCGCGGGAGUCCGGACUCGGACCCGCUCCGGGACGCGUAGUCCGCGUUCGGCCUCUAUUCCUAUUUUUAAUUUGUAAUAUUUUUUAAUGAUAAUAACUGUCGUAUUUAUGUAUCGAUUAAACGUAUUCGACGCACCGCA